AUGAGUGCAUCUCAAGGAAGGACAACCACGGCUGUCAAGCUGGUGCUUUUGGGAGAAGCUGCUGUGGGAAAAUCCUCUCUGGUUCUAAGAUUUGUCAAUAACGAUUUUGAAGAGAACAAAGAACCAACUAUUGGGGCUGCAUUUUUAACUCAGAAGUGUACCAUCGGUGAACGUACGAUAAAGUUUGAAAUAUGGGAUACCGCUGGACAAGAGAGGUUUGCCUCUUUGGCUCCAAUGUACUACCGGAAUGCUCAAGCUGCGUUGGUAGUGUACGAUAUAACCAAGCCUGCUUCCUUCAUCAAGGCCAGACAUUGGGUGAAAGAGUUGCGCGAACAGGCGACCAAGGGAAUAGUCAUUGCUUUGUGUGGUAACAAGUACGAUUUGACAGUGAAUGAUGAGGCGGAAGAAGAUUCUGGAGAGGUAAGCGAAACUUCUAAGAGAAAGGUGUCUGUUAAUGAAGGACAGACUCUGGCGGAAGAGGAGGGACUCAUGUUCUUUGAGACUUCGGCAAAGACUGCCUACAAUGUGAACGAAGUAUUUCUAGCCAUAGGCAAAAAAAUACCCGAAGCCUCGCAAAAUGGUGGUGCCAACCCUUCAAGGGGUGAGUCUCAAGCAAACGGAAGAAUCGACUUAUCUGCUCCUGUUUCCAGUGAAGAUUCCAAUGCCUGUGCCUGUUAG